GCCACACGUGUAAAUUUAUUACCAUGGAAGUUAUUAUGAUAUUCAAUGUACUUCAUCCAAAACUUGUAGAAGAAUGUGCUAUGUCUAUUCUAUAAACUCCGUGCAUUGGAAACAAUGUUUGGCGCAAGAUAAGAUGUCAAAGACCAAACAAUUAGUCCGCUCUUGCAUGUAGGAGAUUAUCCUUACCUUGGAAUAAUAAAAACUAUUAUUAAGCUAUUAUUCAAGUCUUACUCUAACGAACAAAAUGGACAGGCUUUGGCCAACCUGAUUAGUCUUAAUCAUACACCAUUGAGAUUGAAACCAAACAAUCUUCAUAUAAUUCUAAACUAAAUUUAUGAAAUAAAAUGGAAGCAGUCACAUAAAAAUUUUCCCCAACAUGUAAACUGAUCAUCACAUCAUGUGCACAUCUUAUUUAUAUGAUGUUGUAGAUUAUAUUUCACAUCUAUGGUUUGAUUCUUGUAUCCAAGUGCGAGUGAAACAGACUACACCAGUUACCAUAGUCCUCAAGUAACAACUAAUAGGCUUACAAAGUUCAUUGCAUUCCUUGAUCUAGUCAACAAUAAACAGCUAAUACUAAGAGGCUUAUCAAGAUAUACUUUUCUAUAUGCAAAGAAAAGACAAAAAAAAAUAAGGUUGAACUUGAACAUUUCCUCCUUAUCAUGUGGAGCUCUGAAUACAGGUUAGCAUCAGAAUUCAUAAGUCAAAAAUGGGUGUUCUUAGCCUUUUGACAUCACUCACUUUCAUGUUUCUGUUUGCUCGGAAAUCCAUCGAAGCCCAAACACAACCGUCGUUCAAGUGCACGACUGACAAUGCUACAUGUGAGGCCUUAGUAGGAUAUGUGUCUCGUAACACUACUACACUUGCCCAUAUCCGGUCAUUAUUCCAGGUAAAAGACCUGAGUUCUCUUUUAGGAGUCAACCUUCUCCCUCCUUCGACGCCUGAAAACUUCACCGUCUAUAACAAUCAGACAGUCAAGAUUCCUUUCCCUUGCCGGUGCAUAAAUGGCGCUGGGAUCUCUGACAGAGUCCCCAUAUACACUGUUGAAAAGGGGGAUACUUUGUACAAUAUAGCAAAUAAGAUUUUCUCUGGUUUGGUGACUCAAAAUGGGGUUUAUUCUGGAUCAGUGACCUAUGAGCAGAUUCAGAAUGCAAAUCACAUCGAAAAUGGAAACUUGAUCUUGGUGGACGAGAAGCUGUGGAUUCCGUUACCCUGCAGCUGUGAUGAAGUCGAGGGGCAGAAGGUUGUGCAUUACGCACACGUGAUGGCACCAAAGAGCACCCUGAAUCAAGUUGCAGCCGAGUUUGGAACCACAAGCGAAACUUUAAUCAGCUUGAACAAUAUUACUGAUCCUACAACGAUACUAGCUGGGCAGAUCAUUGAUGUCCCUCUUAAAGGUCCAGUUCUGCAGAACCUUGCUACCCCUUCUGAAGCUGAUGGAGCAGUAAUGAAGAAAAUGGCUGGCACGCUGAAUCAAGUAUCGGGUUGGUCAGGCUCCAACUUCUGCAUCUGGUCUGGGGUUGUUUGCACGUACAAUGGGUUCGUGAGAUCUAUUAGCAUACCAUCCCAAAACAUAUCUGGAAGCCUUCCGGACGAUCUCAGUUCUCUUUCUCAGCUAACAACGAUCUCCCUCCAAAACAACCGCCUCUCGGGUUCUAUCCCAUCUUUUGCCAACCUUAAACUACUCCAAGAAAUACACCUCGACUCCAACAAUUUCUCGUCUGUUCCUCAUGGAGCAUUUUCUGGCCUUAAUCGCCUUCAAAUUCUUUCCAUAGACGACAACCCACAUCUCAAUCCAUGGACUUUCCCUGCAGAGUUGUCUGACUCUACAAUUUUGGUAGAAUUUUAUGCUAAAAAUACCAAUCUCAUUGGAAGCAUACCGGAUGUUUUUGAUUUCCUGAAAAGUUUGCAAACCCUGAGACUGUCGAAUAACAAUCUGACAGGACUGAUACCAAAUUCCCUUCAAAAAACCAAGAUGGAGAAUCUGUGGCUGGAAAAUCAAUAUAUAGGUCUCUCUGGCCCGCUUGAUGCACUUGCCGGAAUGAGCUUCUUAAAACAAGUUUGGCUACAGGGAAACAAGUUUACCGGCCCGAUUCCUGACCUUUCUAAUAGCACCGGCCUUUCUGUUCUACAACUGCAAAACAACUUAUUGACUGGAGUCGUCCCAUAA